AUGGCGAGCGCCGCCACGAGCGUGAUGGGGUCCAUCAUCUGCAAGCUGACUGCCAUGCUCGGCGAGAAGUACCAGCUCGCCAUAGACGUGAAGAAAGGGAUCCGCUUCCUGAAGGAUGAGCUGAGCACCAUGGAUGUCGUGCUGCAGAAGCUCGCAGACAAGGAAGACGACCAAAUGGAUCCAAUGGCUAAACAUUGGAGGAACAAGGUGCGUGAGCUAUCCUACGAUAUUGAGGAUUGCAUCGACCGCUUCAUGCUCAAUCACAGCCAUGGAGGUUCCAAUGCUAACUUUGUUCGCAAAGCCACGCGUAAGGUGGAGAUGUUGUGGGAGGACCAGGGCAUAGCAACGGAGAUCCAAGAACUCGAGAUACUCGUGAGAGAGCAGAGUAAGCGGGCCAAACGCUACCGCGUCGAUUAUCUCGCCCCCUCACCUCAGCCGAUGCGCUUGGAUCCUCGAGCAACUGCUCUCUUUCAGGAGGCAAGGGAUCCUGUGGGAAUUGAUGGUCCUCGCGAGGAAAUCAUCCAGUUAUUACAAGUUGAAGAAAAUCAACACAAGGUGGUGUCCAUCUAUGGUACCGCUGGGCAGGGGAAGACUACUCUAGCCAUGGAGGUGUGCCGAAAAAUUACAGAAGCAUUUGAUUGCAGGGCUUUCGUGUCUGUAUCUCAGACUCUGGAUAUGAAGAAGCUACUCAGAGAUAUACUGUCUCAAAUAGUAAGCACGAGCGAGUUUGACCAGUCGGAAAGCUGGGACACGGAGCAGCUCAUACGCAAAAUGAAAGACUACUUAAUUGACAAGAGGUAA